UUUAUCCACUUGGUAGCGAUAAAGAUGGGCCUUCAACGAUGCCAGUUUGUGAUAUUUUAUACUUUUAUUUCACAAGCUUUGUCUGCACCGGAUGAUUUAAGAACUUACUGCCCCCGGGACAUUGCUCUAGAUCCACAAUACGUCUGGAUACAUGGUACCUCGUGCCUUCAGAUCUCCCUGGACAAGCGUGACUGGCCGCACGCGCGGGAGCGCUGUCAGCGCCAUGGAGGGGAUCUGGUGCAGAUCCGGAAUGCUGAUAUGCAGGGUUCCAUCAUAGAGAAGAUAAGACAAGUCCAUCACCACAUCAAGGAGGGCUUCUGGAUCGGGGCUUCAGAUCAACAUCAUGAGGGGAGGUGGGAGUGGGUGUCAGGUGACAAGACGAUGACGUAUGAUAACUGGAGUCCUCACCAGGGUCCCCACCAGACCGGAUUUCUGCUGAUACCGGGGGGAGGGGCGGAGGACUGCGGACUACUGAAGGUCACAGAUCAUUACAUGUGGCACGACUACCCCUGUCACAGCGGAAUAGCCUUCUUCUAUCCCUACAUUUGUCAGUUUGAUAUACCACAAACAACACAAAAACCAGAAACAACACCAACUCUAAAACCAACCUCAGCAGUAUCGACAACAAAACUAACAAAAGCAACGACACAAUCUACUGCGAAAUCAACUACAAAACCAAACUUUACACCAAAAGUCACAGAGCUAGCAUCGUCAACAACACUUUCUACAAGUAUUAAAAAAUCUACAACAGAAGAUCUAUCGUCAGUUCCAGCAAUGACAACAAAGUCCACACUUCUCUCUCUAUUAACAUCCAAGUACACCAUGACUGAGAAAACAAAUGGAAUCAGUUUAAUUCCGAACAAAAUCACAUCUGAAGGAAGUCCUAAGCUGACCACAGAAGAAUUUGAGAUACUAGUCACAGAGCAAGGUCAAAGUUUAACCACGACAGCAAAGAGUGAACCAGAGGGCAUGAUCAUUAUAGGAUAAAGAUUGUAGAUUUUUUUUUCAUCAAAAUUUGAAAAUAUUAA